AUGAUUAUCUCCAAAAGAUCGCAUAUGGAUAAACAGGAGUCUGAAAGGCCGUUACUCGCCUUCAUUGAUGAAGCUUGCUCUCUGGAUGAAGCCGGUUUAACUAGUAUUCUCAAUGCUAAUCUUAAAUGGGAAAGGCCUAGAGGUGAUUUGAUUACUUGGAUCAAACUCCUCAACCAUAUUGAUGAGAUUUUUGAAAAGAAGAUCGCUCAUUAUGGUUUGGACAGCACAUACCCAAAGCUUAUGGUCAUGUCCCAGGCGGAUUCCAGCGUCCUUACUGCCUGCUUGAAUUUCACCAAUACUCUUUUGGAGCAUUGUCUUAACCGAAACAUUUAUGGUAGCUCUGAGCGAGUAUACCAGUUGAUCAAAACACCGACAAUUGAUGUUCGAUUGGCAGCUUUAGAAGUUGCUGUACGUCUCGGCGAGAGAUAUGUCAAUUCGACAUAUGUGAAGAAAUAUUGUGCCCCAAAGGAAACCAGACAGUUUGUUCUUGAUAUGGCGAAAUCGUUUCCACCCUCCGUUCCAACUGGAUUUAUCCAAAAGCAAGUCGAUACGAAUGAUCAGUCCAGUGAUGCAAAAUCACGUAGCGAACAUUACAGCUUGGUUGAUACCCUUGACCAACGGAGAGUUUAUCCUAGCAAAUGGUCAAGCCUUAGCUUUCACUAUUAUACGUCGCCUCAGGUGCAGCAGGUUGAUGCAAGACAGGACAGUAAGAAGGAUAAGAAGCAGCAUAAAAAAUCCACUCAAACUGAAAAGGAAGGUCUCAACACAUUCUCCUUGUGUGAAAGCUCAAUUCGGAAACUAUCGUUUGAGCAAGUAUAUGACAAGGCGACUGAGGUAUUGCCAAAGACUACUUGGUUCAAUUUCUCCCUUGCUGUGCACAACGCCAAAGCGUUCAAUUCAAGGUCGGAUGAGUGCAUGAAGCUUCGGGAGAAGUUGAUACAGAUUAAAUGUGCCUCAGUAGCUUUCACUGCACUCAUGUGUAGUGCUGAGUUUACCUCUUCAAACCUUUUUGAAGCAGAACCUUACUUACUAAGUUUUUUGGUCGAUUUCAUGUCACCUGAACAUUCGCCUUAUGUACCACCCGAUGUGUACCUUGGAGCAAUCAAAGCUUUAGAAGCUAUUGCUCAUAGGAGGCAAUGGGGUGGUGACCUUAUCAGGAACAUGGGAGGAAAUGUGAGCCAUGGCUUGCUUUACCAACAAUUGAGACGCAUGAACAAGCAAAUCAAAGAUGAGUCAGAUGCAUGCAUUGAGAAAGCGAAUUUGUUGGUUUUCACUCUCAUCAGCCAUUUUAUCGACAAUAAAUCAUUGAUCCCCAGACUAGCUUCGGGAGGGAUCCUCAAUGAGCUAAUGACCUUUCUCAACAUGCGCACAAAAUAUCGCUGGUCCUGUUCUGCAGCGGUGAAUACGAUAGCUCUGCUUUUACGUUCAUCUCCUGAAUAUAUCUCCGAUUUCAUUAACCUUGAUGGAUUCCGGUUGUUAAUCGAGACAAUUAAUCAUGAGGUUGAUUUUGCAUUGGACAAUCCUGAUUUUGCAGGAGGUCCCCCCAGGGAUGCUGUGGUUUACUACAAUAUAAGCAUCAGACAAGUUAAUUAUUUGAGGAAUCUUUUGCGCCUUUGUUCUCAACUUGUUCAAGCUGAUGGAAGCGAUCGUAUGAGAAACCUUUUUGAUUCUUCCAUUUUGACCACUUUUAAAAAGGUCAUUGAGAAUCCUACAUUGUUCGGUCCACCAGUACUUGGUGCGACACUCGAUGCUGUUUUAUAUAUUGUCCAUAACGAGCCCACCGCCUUUUCAAUCUUAAACGAGGCGGGUGUUAUUGACUCGGUACUUAACAAUUACCAAACACUUUUCAUGCCUUCGAAUGAGUUGCAAAUGGCCCUUCUUGAAGUGCUUGGGGCAAUUUCAUUGAACAAGGAAGGGUUGAAGCGUGUCAUAGAAACUCAAGUUUUGGACAUUUAUUACAGGUCAUUUUAUGAUAUCAAGAUAGCGAAGGAGCUUGUUCGUGGGGACGUCUCAACGAGUAUUGGUGUUUCAAUGGAUGAACUCGGUAGACAUUUUCCUGACCUUAAGCCUGUUAUUUUAGGUGAGAUCAAGAAGCUCAUUAAGGGGAUGUCAAGCUACGCGGGUCAAUAUUUGAAGCCGAUCAGGUUCUAUCCUCGCAUUAACCAUGGUGUAUUCUACGCUUCAGAUGAGUCCAAUUCACUCGAGGUUCAGGAAGGAGAGGAUGAGAUCGAGAGCUGGGAGUCGAUGGAAGGGUCCACAUUGAUUGAUAACGUCUUCGGUUUUUUGGGAGGCCUUCUACAAGACAGUGGGCAAUGGGUGAAAGACAUCACUGAAGAUGUUCCUUUUGCCGAUUGGGCUGCGUAUAUCACCCUUCCAAACAGCCCGAUCGAUUACGUUACCUCGAAUGGUAUGACGAGCUUGAUGAACCUUCUUAAAUUUUUAGAGGAUGAGCAACAGAAUUAUGGCUUCCCAAGCCUCUUCAGAAUUCUUCCUCAAUACUUAAGUUCGCCUCUUGUGCAAGGCUUCAUCAAUUCUGACACAUCUGAUUCAUAUUUUGCCGAAUUACAAAAUGAACCCGGGGAUGCUUCCAAGCUAUUGCAAGAGUUGAAUGCAAUAAACAACAUACUUCUUAUUUUGUGUGAGAGUUAUCUUCUUCCAAAUAAUAUGGUUAACGAAAAAUUUCAGAGCUUGAUAAAUAUUUUGGAAGAAACUUCAUAUCCGGUGGUCAAUAAUCUUAUCAAGUUGAUGGGCCGGAGUAUCAUUGAAGAAGCUACCAUAAGGACUCCUCUUCUGGCCGAGGCUGUAGAGUUAACAGCACCAGUAAUCGAGCCAGUUGAAAACGUCCCUCCGUAUCAAAUUUUUGGAAGGAAACCUAAGAACGAACCGACUAACGUUACUUGGACUGAUACCAGAUUUAAGAAUACCUUACAAUUGAGAUUCCUAUCGUAUCGUUUUCAACAUAACAUCGCAUUGAUUUUGUCAGAUAUCUCAAGAAGUUGCAUGCAGAAAAGACAGGAUUUCUUUUCUUUUGAAUGGCGAAGGAAAGCCGUGAUACAAACAAAAAAGUUAGCGGCAGAAUUAGAAUGUCUCUUUGAAAGAGGGCAACGUUUGAACGCAGUCCUUGUUCCGAGUUAUCGUUUGAUCUCCACAAAUUUGAUUGCAUUCAUAUCCCAUAGUAAGGACAAAGGACGUGAUGUCUUUUCUACUGCGUUGGCUCUGUGUUUCUUCUAUCAUACCGAACUAAUGGAGAAGAUUACCUCACUGGCAAUUCACACGUUCCAGGAGGUCAUUUGUGAGCCUAUUGAUGAAAGACUCGAUGUACAGAGUUUGGACUUUAUCGGUAACUCUCGCUUAUCGAUCCAGAACAAUUUUAUUAGUGAGGCUUUGUCAUUUUUGGUCAAGAUGACGGAGGAUAAGUAUGUUCCGAGAAUACCAUCCUCCCAUCUCUUUUUCCACAAAGAGUAUUGCGCUCUUGAUGCUGAGAUUCCGGAUGGUAUAACGUCAAAAGCAGCCGAACUUACUUUGAAGGUAGUUCAAGAAACUGUCGGCACGAGUUCGCCUCUUUCUCGCGAAGAGAAUGAAGACGUUUACAGCUACUUUCCUCUCUCAGUGAAUCUCAAACUUGUCGAUGCUGUCAUAGCCACAUGGAGGGUGGACCCAGUGGAUUACUAUUACGAGCUUCAUGAAGAUUAUGGUACUCCGCCCUAUGAUUAUCUCCGGUAUUUAAUGCAAAGUCUUGACAUUAGCCAAGAAAGAGCUAUUAAACUUCUCAAAUACAUGAGACGUGAUCACUCUCCGGAAAGUGCAGAAGAUGAGGAAGUUCCCAGUGCCGAAGAAUCCACUGCAUUAGAGACCCUUCGGAAGGAUGUUCAUUUCAUGCAUCGUCCAAGGGACACUGAUUCUAAGGGAGUUAUUCUCAUGGGUAGGGAGACAGAGGGCAGGUUUCUUUUUGGGUUGCCCCUUAUCAAACUUGCGUCAUUCGUCGAACAACUUGAGAACAAGGUGGCGGUAUUGAUUGAGGAAAAUGAUCUCAUCAGCCUCGCAAACCCCAUAGUCGAUUACAUUGAAAGUUUACAAACGUAUAAGGAGGAUUGGUCGUUCAAACGCAGAGCUUUAUCACUCAAUCUCCUCCGUCGAUUAUACACGACAAGCGUUUUCUUUGGUGAAGAAUCCACGGGACGCAAGUCAGCAUUUUUGCGUUUUUCUCGAAUCUUUAUUUCUAGCAUGCAAGAUGAUCCAGAAAUUGCAAAUGAGCCAUAUUUCAAGUCUGCAUUGAGCUUCCUACAACCGGCGAUGAGCUGUACACCACCGAAUACGUUGCCCGGAUUGUUUCCCUUCUUUGACGAUGAUGGCUCUUCUUUUAAAGAUGAGUUACUUGAGGUUUUGUUGUCGCUGAAACCAAAAGGAGACAUCGGAUGCUCCUUGGCAAUUUGUCGAAUGUUGUACUUGUAUGCGUCGCAGGAUAAAUAUAAAGCUGUGAUCACAUCAUCAGCCAUCUUGAGGACAAUUUUUGAAUCGAUACGUGAUAGCUCCGAAUCUUUGUCUGAUGAUCUUAAAGAACUACAGAAAGCUGCAAUAUUGUUGGUAAGAGUUUGCUUCGAGGACUCGAACACUCUAGAAAAUGUGUUUUCUUCUGAGAUCGUUAAGGCGUUUAAGAGGCAACCAAAUGGUAAAAAAGAAUUUAGGCGUUUGUUAGAGGAGAGCAUUGAGUUGGUGUCAAGAGAUCCAUCUACUUAUAUUAAUGUCGCUUCGAAGCUCGUGAGAUUGGAGAAUUAUGAUGGCGAGGCACACCAUGGAGAAACUCUUUUCCUCGCUGAUUACGACGAAGUAGCUGAAUCAGAUGCAGAUGUCGAAAUGAAAGAUUCCGAGAACGUGACAGGACCUGGCUCUGGUGGCUUGAUGCACUUCCUUUUGGUCGAAUUAAUGGCAUGCAGUAAAAGUGACUGGACGUCAACUCCGUCAAAAGAACAGGAUGUUAUAUCGUCUGCUGGUCAAAAGAAAGAGCCACAGAUUGAUUUUCUCAUGAAGAACAGCAAUUUCGCUUACCUUUGCUUUUUGCUUCAGAUUGUUACUGAAUUAUUGGGCUCUUACAAGCAAGCUAAGCUUGAAUUCAUCACCUUCUCGAAGAAGGAAGGAUUCGAGGACAGAAAUCGACCCCGUUCAACAUCGCUUAAUUUCUUCAUCCAUCAACUAAACCCAAGCAAGAGUUUGGAUAACAUUGGAGACGACGAAAGCCAAAGGAGAGAAGCAAUAUCAUCUUUGUCGAAGCUUUGCCUUCUUUCUCUUGUGUCUACACCAGUGCUUAAGGAUGAUGCUUCUCCAAGCCCGAAAUCGGAAGAUGUCGAUCUUGCUAUUGUUCGUCGCUUUGUCAUGGACAUUAUAUCCAAAGUUAUCAAAGAUAGUCUAACGAUGCGUGUAUCUUCAGUUUCUGCUUAUGGCAAACUUUACGAUGUCUUCGAUUUAUGCUCAUGCUUGCUAUCAGCCAAGUUCCGCGAAAUGUGCUUUCCAUUAUUGAGUAAAUCGGCGACAAGAUUAGACCAGUUUUUUAUUGCUGUCGCUUUUAUUGAGCGUCAACUUCCUAACCAACUUGCAAGUGCGAUUGCUGAUGUUGACCUCAACUAUCCAAGCGUAACGCGGCUUAUUAAGGUUGGUAUAAAGCCAUUGUCGCAUUUAUCAAAGAUCAAGUUAACAUACGGCGAAUACUUUGAAACAAAUCAUUCCGAAAAAGAUGAGGAAGAUAUUUUACCUGACGAUGUGGUGGACCGUGAUGAAACGCCUGAUCUUUUCCGCAACUCCACGCUUGGUAUGUACGAUGCGAACUCCGAAUCUGAAGACGAAUUCUAUGACGAGGGGGAUCCGUUGGAGGUUGUCAUGUCGGGCUCGGAUAUAUCUCAAGAUGACGACGAAGAAGAUGACGAAGACGACGAUGUCGAUGAUUCUGAUGAUUCGAGUGAGAUGGAUGAUGUUAUGGAUGACGAGCAUAUGGAUGACGAAAUGAUGGAGCACGGGGCGUUCGAGGGGUAUGAUAGCGGUGAUAGCGAAGGAGAUAUUGAAAUUAUUGACGAACUCGAUAUUGGUUCCCAUUCCGGAGACUCUGAGCGCGACGCUUCCGAUAUCUCUGAAUUCUACGGGUUCGAUGAGGAUGAAUAUGACCAAGGCGAAUUUAUUGAAGAAGACGAUGAUGAUGAUGAGAUAGAAUACGACGAUGCGGAAUUGGAUGGAUGGCUUGACACUUUCGGUCAUCAUGGGGAAAGCGACGAAGAAGAUAGUGGUAAUCCCAGAUUUGGGUCCAUGUUUCCGGUGGAAAACCAUGAAGAUGACUCAGCUAUUGAUAUUCGAUCCGAGGAGGAAGAAAAUGAUGGAUCAGAUGGAGAAAGUACCUUUGAAUCUGAUAUUGAAGAGAUCGGUGGCCAUGAGCCCAAUAGUGCCACCCGGGAGUUCAUGACCUCUAUAUUCGAUGUCUUGAGACCUGCUUUACGUCAGCAAAAUGUCUCCAACAUUUUUGAGGGACUUGUUAAUGGCCGAUUGAGGAGUUCUUUUCGUGUCAGCGGCCAUCGUGGGAAUGACAGUAUGCUUCCGGGUUUUGAUCGCGCAUUUGAGGUCAUUCUUAACGAUAAACCAAACUCUGCUCAAAAGGGUUCAUUGAAUCACGUUUACAUCCGGUCUACGGUGGAACGUUGGAGUGAUGCACAUGCCAUUUUUUACGGUCACGGUGAAUCGGAACUCGUCGAAGAAGUACGUACGCAGAUUACCAAGAAGAUUCACGAUGAGAAGAGAAUCAAGCAAGAGCGCGAGGAAAAGGCCAAAAAGCGUCGUGAAGAAAUACGGUUGAAGCGAGAAGAGGAGCAAAAGCAACGUGAUCUUGAAAGACAACACAAUCCACAGGUUGAUAGGGAACCAGUUAUGCUUCGUAUUGGGGACCGCGAAGUGGACAUAAGUGGCACGGAUAUCGACCCAGAAUUUUUCGAAGCGCUUCCAGAUGAUAUGCGGGAAGAGGUCUUCACACAACAUAUUCGGGAGCGGAGGGCGAAUGCUAACAAUACGGGAGCAGAAGUACGUGAAAUUGAUCCCGAUUUCCUUGAUGCCUUACCAGAUCAAAUAAGGGAAGAGAUACUUCAGCAAGAGGCGAUGGCCCGAAGAUUUUCAAGUGGUCGCCUUGGCUUUUUGGAAGCCGAUGAAGAUGAUGAUAGCGAAAUUGAAGAGGAUGAGGAUGAAGAGACAGAGAGACACGAUCCAAUUGUCAUGAAUAGUGGAGUUGCCAUUUAUCCUCCGGGACGCAGAGCAAAUAACCAAGGUAAUGGAAGUUUGCCGAAGAAACACAAGACGUUUUCGACACCCCUUAUUGACAAAGCUGCAGUUGCUAGUUUGGCUCGUUUGCUAUUUAUCCCUCAACCAUUCCACCAGAGGAGCCAUAUCUACUCGACGUUAUCUCAAUUGUGCAAUAACAAGCAGACUAGAGCCGAAGUCAUGAGUCUCUUGAUUGCAAUCCUUAAUGAUGCUUUGCACAGCCAGAAAGCCUUAGAAAAAUUGUUCUAUGUGAUUUGUGGAAGAGCUAGCAACAAAAAGUCACAAGAUGAGAACAAGAAUGUUCAUUCUCGUUAUUAUCUUUUGACUGAGCAUGAAAACAUCUUUGUUACACGAAGGGUUCAGAAGAAGAAGCUCCAAAGCCUUUCAUCCGAGGACAAAUAUCCUAUUAAUUUUCUCCUCAAACUUCUUGAAAACCCUUUAUUGAGAGAGCAACAUAUGUUCAUCGAUUUAUUGGCCAGCGUACUUCAUGUGGGAACACGCCCCUUAUUGCUUCUCAAGGAAAGUAACAAGCAACACCCUCCCAUUUCUACGACUUCAAUCCCUGAAUCAAAUCUUCGUUUGAUUGUUCACAUUUUAUGCUCCAAUGAAUGUGCUAACACCACUUUUAGGAGAACUAUCAGCGCAAUGCAGAAUCUUUCUAUUAUGAAAAAUGCUCAGGAUGUGUUUUCCUCUGAGCUAUCGCAGGAGGCUACAAAGUUAAGUCAUGACAUAGUUACAGACUUGAAGUCCUUGUCAAUGGAGCUCGAGAGUGGUAUGGUGAGCAGCACGGAAAGCAAGCAUCUUGGAAAAUUUACUGCGCCAAGUUCCGAUCAGGCCAAACUCUUGCGGAUUCUCACCGCUUUAGAUUACAUGUAUGAGAAUAGCACCGAGAAAGAGGCAAAGCAAAAAGAUACGAAGACAGUUGAACUCACUAACCUUUACGAGAAGCUUGGGCUUGGCAAACUAUGGGGUGCUCUUAGUGUUUGCUUGAGGGUUCUAGAAAAUGCCCCAUCCUUACUUAAUAUUGCAACUGCCUUGCUUCCGUUGAUCGAGGCACUUAUGGUUGUCUGCAAGCAUAGCAAAGUCAAGGAUCUUCAAAUGAAGGACGUGGUGAAGUACGAGGCAAAAAAGAUUGAUUUCACAAAGGAACCCAUAGAAAGCUUGUUCUUCUCUUUUACGGAUGAACACAAGAAGAUUCUCAAUCAGAUGGUUAGGACGAAUCCUAACCUCAUGAGUGGACCCUUUAGUAUGCUCGUGAGAAACCCAAGAGUUCUAGAAUUCGACAACAAGAAGAACUACUUUGACAGACAGCUUCAUGAGAAAGCAGCUGGUGGUCAAAAGCUCUCUAUUAGUAUUCGAAGGGAUCAAGUCUUCUUGGAUUCGUAUAGAGCUCUUUUCUUUAAGUCUGUCGACGAAUUCAGGAAAGCCAAGUUAGAGAUCAACUUCAAGGGAGAAUCAGGUAUUGAUGCAGGCGGUGUUACCAGAGAGUGGUAUCAAGUGUUGUCUCGUCAAAUGUUUAAUCCUGACUAUGCAUUGUUUAGUGCUAUCGCUAGUGACGAGACUACCUUCCAUCCAAACAGAACAUCUUACGUCAAUCCAGAACAUUUGUCUUUCUUUAAGUUCAUUGGCAGAAUUAUCGGUAAGGCAAUAUUUGACGGCAGUUUCUUGGAUUGUCAUUUUAGCAGAGCAGUCUACAAAAAAAUAUUGGAUCGUCCGAUGUCACUUAAAGACAUGGAAACUCUUGACUUGGAAUAUUUCAAGUCGUUGAUGUGGAUGCUUGAUAAUGAUAUCACAGAUAUUUUGACUGAGGACUUCUCUGUUGAAUCGGACGACUAUGGCGAACAUAAAAUCAUCGAUUUGGUGCCGAAUGGAAGAAACAUUCCUGUUACAGAAGAAAACAAGCAAGAUUACGUUAGACUUGUCGUCGAAUACAGGCUACAGAAAUCAGUGGAAGAGCAAAUGAGCAAUUUUAGUGUUGGCUUCCAUGAGAUUAUUCCGAAAGAAUUGGUUGGCAUAUUUGAUGAGCAAGAACUUGAGCUUUUAAUUAGUGGCUUGCCUGAUAUUGAGGUUGGAGAUUGGCAAGCCAAUACCACGUACAAUAACUAUUCACCAUCUUCGGAACAAAUUCAAUGGUUCUGGAGGGCAGUGAAAUCCUUUGACAAUGAAGAGCGGGCUAAGUUGUUGCAGUUUGCCACUGGUACAUCUAAAGUGCCAUUGAAUGGCUUUAAAGAGCUUCGCGGAGCUAAUGGGACGUGCAAGUUUAGUAUCCAUCGUGAUUAUGGUUCAACUGACCGACUUCCCUCUUCGCAUACCUGUUUCAAUCAAAUUGAUCUUCCAGCGUACGAGUCAUACGAGACAUUAAGGGGCUCAAUUUUGUUGGCGAUCACAGAAGGACACGAGGGAUUCGGAAUGGCUUGA